CCAGUCACCCACGUCAUCUUUGACAUGGACGGCCUGCUUCUGGAUACUGAACGGCUACGUUCUGUGGUGUUGGAAGAAAUAUGUGGUCGCUAUGAAAAAAAGUACACCUGGGAAGUCAAGCCCCUGGUUAUGGGUAAAAAGGCGUUGGAGGCGGCUCAGAUCAUGGUAGAUGUCCUGAAGCUGCCGAUGUCCAAAGAGGAGCUGAUGGAGGAGAGCCAAACCAAGUUACAGGAGCUCUUCCCUGAAGCUGAACUCAUGCCAGGCGCCGAAAAACUGAUCCACCACCUGCAGAAGCACAGCAUACCCAUUGCCGUGGCCACCAGCUCAGAGUCCGCAUCCUUCAAAGUGAAAACGAGAAGACACAAGGAAUUCUUCAGUUUGUUUAACCACAUCGUGUUGGGAGACGAGGUGAAGAAUGGCAAACCAGACCCUGAAAUAUUUCUCGCCUGUGCCAGGAGGUUUUCUCCUCCUCCACUCCCUGAAAAGUGCCUCGUCUUUGAAGAUGCUCCCAAUGGGGUGGAGGCGGCCCUGGCCGCUGGGAUGCAGGUGGUCAUGGUUCCGGAUGAAAACCUGAACAGAGACUUGACGAGAAAGGCCACUCUGGUGCUCAGUUCCCUGCAGGACGUCCAGCCCGAACUGUUUGAUCUGCCUGCCUAUGAGUGA